AUGAAGUUGGCUGAAUUUGGAGUUCGUUAUCAGAACGCAAUACCACCGAUGGAUCUGAUAGAGUACCGAAAUGAGAGACGUGCCAAAUUGCACGAACAAGAAAAGGAACGACAGCGCAUCAGAGAGGAGGAU